UUGUGGAUCGGUCUCGGCUGCGCGUCCCCGAUCGGGAGCGAGACGGCGAGGAGCGCGCGCCACGCUGUCACGCGCGGCGACGUGGAGUUCUGCGGCCUGUGAAGAGCGACGCUGCAGCUGCGAGGAUGAAGUGGACAACAUCCCUUCUGCUUUUGGGCCUGGUGGUCUUGGUCGUGGUUCAGGCACAGACAGAGGACGAGCCGGCGGGCAGCGAGGAUGAACAAGCGGAACAUGUGGAGCUCUUCACUACACCCACCACCAAGAUGGCCGCCGCCACCUCGGACUUUGGAUACAACCUUUUCCGUGCGCUGGCAUCCCACCGGAGCAAUGCCGAUGCUAACGUCUUCCUUGCGCCCAUCAGCGUCUCUGCAGUCCUCACCCAGCUGGCCAUGGGCGCUUCUGAGCAUGCCCAGAGGCAGCUCUUCCGGGCCUUGAGGUACCACACCCUGCAGGACCCUCAGCUCCACAACACUCUGAGGGAUCUACUGACCUCCAUCAAGACGGGUCACAAAGGACUGAGCGCCGCUGCCCGCAUCUACCUGGCCAGACGUUUACGCCUCAAGCAGGAUUUUUUCACAGUGGUGGAGCAGCAAUAUGGCAUUCGACCUAAAGCCCUGCAGGGUGGAUCUCGCGACACCAAUGACAUCAAUGUCUGGGUCGCCACAGAGACGGGCAACAAAGUGCAGCGCCUCCUGGCCAAGCCCUUGCCCCGAAAACCUGGAGUCAACGCUGUGGCUGGCGCCUACUUUAAAGGGAAGUGGGUGACAGCGUUCCAACCUCAGUCGCUGCAGAACUUCCAACAAGAGGGCAAAGCGCCCGUCCGGGUUCCCAUGUUGGAACAGAACAACUACCCCAUCAAGAUGGGCAUGGACUCUGACCUGAGCUGCACGAUCGCACAGAUCCUCCUGGAGAACCAGGUGAGCAUGUUCGUGUUCCUUCCUCAAGAAGUUACGUCCAACCUGACCGCACUGGAGGACACGCUGACCGCAGAGUUCGUGCAAGACUUGAGCAGCACACUACACGCGACACACGUCACCCUCACCAUGCCCGUCCUCAAGUUCAGCUACGCCACAGACCUCAUGACGCUGCUCCCUGACGUGGGGCUCACCGAUUGGCUGGCUAACCAGGACUUGGAGAAGAUCGCGGCGCAGCCCGCCAGGCUGGUCACCAUCAAUCACAAGGUCGUCAUGGAGACGGGGGCCGAGGGCGACCAAUCGGCGCCCGCCACCUCCGCCACCAGUCACCUGACCUACCGCGUGGACCGCCCCUUCCUCUUCCUCAUUCGCGACGAAGCCUCGGGGGCCCUGCUCUUCAUCGGCAGAGUGAUCAAGCCCAAAGACCUGACAGUCUAACACGCACACGCGCGCACACACACACACACACACUCUUAGCAGGUCCUAGGAGGGCAAUGAGGAUGAAAGGUGAUUUUUAAGCCAAAAGAUUUUUUAACAGAAACAUUGUCAAUUGCGUCACAGUUAUUAUAUUUGUGUGACGUGACAAAAUAAACAUAACAAUGAAACAAAACGUUUGUUUGCGUCA